UCUCAAUGGUGAGAGAGGCGGGGCCGGACCUACAGACGCUGAAGAGCGGCGGGCGCCGCAAGGGCCGGGAAGAUGGCGGUCCUCGCACCUUUAAUUGCUCUGGUGUAUUCGGUGCCACGACUUUCACGUUGGCUGGCCCGACCUUACUAUCUCCUGUCAGCCCUGCUUUCUGCUGCAUUCCUACUCGUGAGGAAGCUACCUCCUCUCUGCAACAGUCUCCCCACGCAACGCGAAGACGGCAACCCGUGUGACUUUGACUGGAGAGAAGUAGAGAUCCUGAUGUUCCUCAGUGCCAUUGUGAUGAUGAAAAACCGCAGAUCUAUCACUGUGGAGCAACAUAUAGGCAACAUCUUCAUGUUCAGUAAAGUGGCCAAUGCAAUUCUUUUCUUCCGUCUGGAUAUUCGCAUGGGCCUGCUUUACAUCACACUUUGCAUAGUGUUCCUGAUGACGUGCAAGCCCCCCCUGUAUAUGGGCCCUGAGUACAUCAAGUACUUCAAUGACAAAACCAUUGAUGAAGAGCUGGAGCGGGACAGGAGGGUCACCUGGAUCGUGGAGUUCUUUGCCAAUUGGUCUAAUGACUGCCAGUCGUUUGCUCCUAUCUAUGCUGACCUCUCCCUCAAGUACAACUGUACAGGGCUAAAUUUUGGGAAGGUGGACGUUGGACGCUACACUGAUGUUAGUACACGGUACAAAGUGAGCACGUCGCCCCUUACCAAGCAACUCCCUACUCUGAUCCUAUUCCAAGGUGGCAAGGAGGUCAUGCGGCGGCCCCAGAUUGACAAAAAAGGACGAGCUGUCUCUUGGACCUUCUCUGAGGAGAAUGUGAUCCGAGAAUUCAACCUGAAUGAGCUGUAUCAAAGGGCCAAGAAGCUAUCAAAGGCUGGAGAUCACAUCCCUGAGGAGCAGCCUGUGGCCCCAACCACCGCGGAAGUGCCAGAGGGGGAAAGCAAGAAGGACAAAUAGAAUCCCUGCCUUCUCAGUGCUUCCUCACCUUUGAGGCCCUGCCACCUUUGAGGCCCUGCCCCUUCUGUAACCACAGGCCCUGCCUGAGGCCUGGGCCUCUUAUUUAUGUUUCCCCUUUGGCUCUGCCUCAGUCAGGCAGGGUGCUGCUUCUGAUUUUAAAGAGGCUUUCAGGGAAUUGACAGGCACCCUCCGGGAAGGCCUCCACUGCUGUGGCCAACUUUCACUGGAAGAAGGGAGAGAUCUCUGAUGAUGGAGGAGGAAAUGCUUGCCUUCCAAGCUUGGGUCCGAGUAUCAGCUGCUGUCCACCACUCACAUGUCUCCACCGUGCGGUGUUUUCAUCCUUCCUCUUAGUGGACCUGCACAGUCUGCCUAGAUUAUAUUAAGCCUAACAGAAAAUGCCUAGGUAUGGAGUCUGCACUAGGAUUUUUUCCUCAAGGACCCUUACUUCUUUAGGCAUUUCUGGCUUGGUCUGUGGCCUUCAUUAAUAAGGCUAACUUUGUCAUUGGUCCCCAGGAGAAACCUUUAACCACUGAGCUUACUCAUUGGAGAUAGUUUUGAAUAAUCCCCCUAAUUUUUGGAGUUUGGGAGGAAAGGGAAUAGGUUUGAGACGUUCCUUUGUAUGGUGGGGCUCAGGAGAAAGCCGCCCUUGGGCAGGUAUGAGGUUUCACUUAGUCUCCUACCUACUCCCAACACCCAGUUGAUGGUUUUCAAUAAUAAAGACUGGGAUUUCCUUUUGA